AUGGAGCCAGUUCGCGGCCGCUUCGGCGGUGUUGACGGGGCGAGGUAGGUAAGAAAGAGAUAGUAGACUACAUCGAAUUAAUGAAAAGAAGAGAUUACUAUAGAGUUACAGAGUUACAGAGUUGCCAAGAGUCCGUGUACCCCUUGGCCUCGAAAUACAUGCAGCUGCAGACAGCUUCAGUGCCGGAACAGGCACUCCCGCCCCAGAAUCUCAUGUGGCCUGCAGCCGAACGCAACGGCUCCAGGCGAUUUGCGUAUGCUCCGAACAGCUCCUGCAUGAAGCGUGCACUUUCUGGGCCCAGGCCCGGGGCAAACCAAGGCGGGCUGGAUCGACGGAGUAGCCUGUUCUGCACGGCUGGAGCUGGAAUCGUUUGUACCUCUGACUGCCGGCGCCGUUGAACCAUUUGAUGAGUGUCACAGCUGUCGUUGAAGCUUAGGCACAGAAUGGAAGCGUCGAAUUGCCUGAUGCGGCACCCUUCGCCACGCCCUGCAUCUGCUGCUGCACUGCAACUCUCUGAUAAGAUUCGGCGGCAACACUUUGCGAUCAGCCGAGAGCUUAGCGCGCCGGCAUCAAAGCAAAUCGAGCUCAGAUCAUUGCUCUUUCGAAUUCCGGCUCCAGUUUUGAAAUACAAAAUCUCCCCACCGGCAAGCGGCAUGUACCGCGCACCCUGCAAAACAAAAACCUUGAAGCUCCCGACCUGCUCCGGCACACAGGCCAUGGAUGGAAAUAGGCCCUGAUUGGCAAUGGCUGUACGGAGCACUGUAGGGGAGUUAAGAAGCCUGGCCCAGGGACCCUCGGCUACGGUGGCCCAUGAUUGGGGGUUGCUUUGCAGGCUGCAAGGAGAAUAGACUGAGGAUAGACACCUAGGUAGGUACUAGUACUAAUGCAUGCAGCCAUCCUCGGGCCUUUAUUGCGUGUUGCUGAUACUUUGGAGGUACCACUGCAGCUUUCUUUUCUUCCUUGCUGCGCACUUGUUUGUUUUCUCACCCUGCGUUUCAUUUUAGCCUUUGGGUUUUUCGGUAACGCAACACGUGGUAUCCAGUGCCGAUGACCUUGUCUCCCCCAGAAGUGCCACGCAGAAGAAGUGAUGGACAACCAGGUAUACAAAUACACCAAAAGGGCACCUACCUAAUCCGGCUCUUCCAGCCCGAAGGUGAGAAGAUUUGCGGUCUUGCCAAGGCUUGCCACGAAGACGAG